GAUCCAGAGGGAGGGGGCAGCAGAGACUCAGCAGCCCCGCCGCCACACAGCUCAGUGCGGCUUCACAUUUCCAGAGGAGACGAGUCUCAGUCCAACCUCCAACAUUUUGUGUCGAGCUCCGGUAACAAAACAAGCGGAGCAGGACGCGUCCCGCUUUCCCGGGACUCACCGACCAAGGACCGGGAUCUCUCCUCCUUCUCCGGGACACGCACACACUCAGAGGAUACGAGUUCUUCACUGUAGCACCGCUACACAGAUCCUGGAAGAUGGGUUCAGUCCCGGCGAUAUCGGUCCUCUUUCUGGGCAUCGUGGUUCCAGCGCUGGCCGGAUACAUCGAGGCACUAGCAGCCAAUGCAGGCACAGGCUUUGCCGUGGCUGAGCCGCAGGUGGCGAUGUUCUGCGGAAAGCUCAACAUGCACGUCAACAUUCAGACCGGCCGCUGGGAACCCGACCCAUCCGGAACCAAGAGCUGCGUAGGAACCAAAGAGGGCGUGCUGCAGUACUGCCAGGAGAUGUAUCCCGAGCUCCAGAUAACAAACGUGGUGGAAGCCAACCAGCCCAUUCGUAUCGAGAACUGGUGCAAGAGUGAGAAGAAGGUGUGCAAAGGCCACGCCCAUAUUGUGGUGCCUUACAAAUGCUUGGUGGGCGAGUUCGUGAGUGACGUGCUUCUGGUUCCAGAGAAGUGCAAGUUCUUCCACAAGGAGCGGAUGGACAUGUGCAUCAGCCACCAGCAGUGGCACGGCGUGGCCAAAGAGGCCUGUGCCAAGAGCACCAAUGUGCUGCACAGCUACGGCAUGCUGCUGCCCUGUGGCAUCGACAAGUUCCACGGCACCGAGUACGUGUGCUGCCCCUCUUCUCGCAUCGUGGAGACCGCCCCGGCUUCCCUGCCCUCGCAGGAGGACGACGACGACGAAGAGGAGGAGGUAGAGGAUGAGGAGAUCGACGAGGCCGACCUGGACGAGGAGGAUGCCGUAGAGGACAGUGAGACGGUACCUGACGAGCAGCCCACACAGAAGGAGGAGCCGCUGGACGAGGACGAGGAGGACGAGGACGAGGAGGAAGAUGAGGAGGAGUACCACUACGUCUACGAGGACGAGGAAGUGGAGAAGGAAGAGGAGGAUGAGAGGAAGAGCAAAAUGUCAGAGAGCCAAGACGAGGACAAGACUCUGCAGGAAGUGAAAGCGGUGUGCACCCUGGAGGCUGAGACCGGCCCCUGCCGUGCCUCCAUGCCCCGCUGGCACUUCGACAUGAGCCAGGGGAAGUGUGUGCGCUUCAUAUACGGGGGCUGCGCCGGCAACCGCAACAAUUUCGACUCAGAGGAGUACUGCAUGGCCGUGUGCAAGCGCCUGACCGUGCCCCCGACUCCUCAGCCCACCGAUGAUGUGGACAUCUACUUUGAGACGCCGGCCGAUGACAAGGAGCACAGUCGCUUCCAGAGGGCCAAGGAGCAGCUGGAGAUUAGGCACCGCAAUCGCAUGGAGAGGGUACGAAAGGAAUGGGAAGAGGCUGAUCGCCAGGCUAAGAACCUGCCCAAGUCUGAGAGACAGACACUGAUCCAGCACUUCCAAGCCAUGGUGGAGUCCCUGGAGGAGGAGGCAGCCAGUGAGAAGCAGCAGCUGGUGGAGACUCACCUCGCCCGGGUGGAGGCCAUGCUGAAUGACCGGCGCCGUCUGGCCCUGGAGAACUACCUGGCCGCGCUGCAGGCCGACCCCCCCCGGCCCCACCGCAUCCUGCAGGCCCUGAGACGCUACGUCCGUGCGGAGAACAAGGACCGUCAGCACACGAUCCGACACUACCAGCACGUCCUGGCUGUGGAUCCUGAGAAGGCUGCUCAGAUGAAGUCACAGGUGAUGACCCAUCUGCGUGUGAUUGAGGAGCGGAUGAACCAGAGUCUGUCUCUGCUCUACAAAGUACCUUAUGUGGCCGAGGAGAUUCAGGAUGAAAUCGACGAGCUUCUCCAGGAGCAGAAAGCCGACAUGGACCAGUUCCUGUCGUCCAUCUCUGAAUCGCAGCCAGACGUCACCGUGUCGUCGGAGGAGAGCGUGGAAGUGCCCGUGUCCGAGGGCAAACCCUACCGGCCCUUCCAGGUCACAUCGUUGGGAUCCCGCUCGGAGCCCGAGGGCGAUCUAUCAGACUCCCCACGUGCCUUCAAGAAAGGCUCCGCAAUGUCUGGUCUGGACGGUCUGAUCGGCGCCGAGGAGAGAAUCAUCAACAGCAAACCCAAGAUCAGCGAGAAGGUGGUGAUUGUUGACAGUCUGGAUGUUAAAGAAGUGGUUUACAGUGCAGAGAGAGGCAGCGUUAUGCAUGAUGAUGAGCUGGAGUCCUACCGCCCCCUGGGAGAGGACUUCAGCUUCGGCAGCAGCGCACUGAUUGGCUUGCUGGUGAUUGCCGUGGCCAUAGCAACUGUGAUUGUGAUCAGCCUGGUGCUUUUGAGGAAGAGGCAAUACGGCACCAUCAGUCACGGCAUCGUGGAGGUUGACCCCAUGCUGACACCGGAGGAGCGUCACCUCAGCAAGAUGCAGAACCACGGCUACGAGAACCCCACCUACAAAUAUCUGGAGCAGAUGCAGAUCUAACCAGGAGCCUAAAGGUGGCGCUGUGGAGUCUUGACAGAGGACGGCAAACCUAGGGGGAACAUACUACUGACCAAUAACACAUGAUGCUAUUGUUACAAUUAUUUUCAAACAUCCAAACUCCAUUUUACUGGUUUGUUGAAAACAAUCCUUAAAUAAUGCUACUACUUCUACUACUGCUACUAUUGUACUAUAGAGCUCCUUUUUGAUCAUGUUUCUUUUGAAGAGGUGACGUUUCUGCCAAUUUUUGCAUUUCAGAAAAAUGUGAUCCUGCAGAUUUCUCUGUAAUUAUCAAGACGACUCUCUCUCAGAUCAAGAUGUAUAACAUUUCUUCAGAUGUUUUCUUUAUUUUUAUUUUUUUGAACGUGAGGCAAAAAUCAAGCGAAAUCUAAGCGUUUAAUUUUUUUUUUUUUUGGAGUAGCCGUCAUUGAAGCGCCCGACGGACGCUACACUUUAAUUCUCCGUCAUGCGAGUGUCACCCGAGCAGUUUCUGAUGGUUCCUUUAAAAAAACAAAAAAAGAAAUUGGUGUUUUAUUUUGUUCUUUUGUUUUUUCUCUCCUCUCAAUAGAUUGCUUGUAUAUGAAGGUUCUUUGUACCAAUUAAAAUGUAUAGUGAAACAACAAAUGAGAAAAAAAUGAAAUCAUGAAUUAUUUACUUUCUGUUCUUUGUUACGAUAACAGACAAAAUAUACAUAAUACAGUUUAAAUAUAUAUAUAUAAAUAUAUGAGAGUAGAUGUUUUUAUUCCACCUUUCUGUUCCCAGGGAAGAGGGUCAUGAGUUUGUUUAGGGUUCUCGGCUCGGUGGUCCGGAGUGUGCACAGACCUCCAGCUCACACACGUCCCACAGAACCUCCUCUGAACCUUUCAGACGUGAAUGUGACAGCAGAUCCCCUCCAUCACAAACACAACCCUCAUUAACAGGGGAACGGUUUAAAAUCAGUAAAUUAAGAAAUGCAGAUUGACACGUGUUACAUAGUUGAAUGUAUUGUGGAAUUUUUUUUUUCCAAUUCUAUGUAGCUGACGGGCUCCAUCGCGGAUUUAACGCAGUGUCGCACACACAUCGUGACAGUGGACACGAGACGGCUAAUGAUGUUUUGUUUUUUGUUUUUUUUGUACAAAUCGUCCAAAGUGAAAACCAAUUACUAGAACAGAUAUCUUGAAAACACACCUGGGGAUGAUGUACACACAUUAUUGGAGCAGCUGUUAGCUUUGCUGGUCAUAAAGCAGUAGAACAGUCAACGAUACAGGGUCGGCCCCAGAGUUAUGAACAAGAUGAAACCCCCUAAAUGUUAUGAAAAUCCAAUCGUGACCGGACAAAAACUUUAAUUUACCAAAUUUGGGGGAUUCGUGGGAGUCAAAAUUUGCAAUCCAGGUUUUUUGGGGGUUGGGCCCUGGACCCGAGGCCCCUGUAGACAUCCCGGAGCUGGAGGGCUGUGCAGGCAAACAGAGACAGAAAGACAAAGGCCUGGUGGAGAGCUGGUUUCUAAGAAUACAGAAAAGAAAGAGUAUAACUUGGGUAUAUUUAAAGGUAGAGAAUGACACAGACGAGCAAAGUGAAUCCUAGCGUCCUCUUCUCUCUCUCUCUCUCUCUCUUAGUAUUGUCUUCGUAUGCCUGUAUAGUUGAUGUUGCAAUCAUGGCUUUUUUCUGGAGGAUUACCUGUGGUGUGCAUUGUUCUUAUAUGAAAUGAUAUGAUCUAUAUUUUUAAGUUUGUUUUCUUGUUUUCUAUUUUUUUCUCUUCCUGUGACAGUAUCUCUGUAUGUGACUGUCUCACUAUGCACCCAAACUGGCUUCGAUCUUGUAACUGCCUGCUUGAUUGUGGGAGGGGACCGGGGACUAAUAUGAUAUAAAUACUAGUGAUUUUUAAAUAAAAAAAUGAAAGAAAAAAAUAAAAUUGAUUGACACCAAUGGAGAUUCAUCAGGGGGAUACACAUCAAUAAACUCACAACUUCCA